AUGGCUCCCUCCAGCCAAAAGGCCAACUACCGGACCUACGAGGCGCAGGCCCGUAUGGUGAGGGCCAUUGUUGCCGCCCACCCAGAGGUUAAAUGGAACUACAAAGAAAUCGCGUCUUGCUACGGAUCAGACAUGACUGAGCAUGCUCUCAACCACCGGUUCCGCAAAACCAAAGCCCACGCGGUCAUCAUCAAGGAGGGCCGUGCUCUAGGCUUUGACAUGAAGAAUCUGUCUGUGGACGAGAAUGAGUUGCCGACGACUAAAGAGGCAGUCGAUAAGAACAACAUUGCCAAGUACUUUGGCCAGUCCACCGCCGACGGAAUGCAAUUCCAGUUCCGCAGCAUCAAAAAGGACGCCGAGCACAUACGAGCCGUCGAAGCCUCUGGCGGCGACGUAGCCAACUGCCUCCCCCUGUCCAGCAGUGCCUUGAACACGCCCUCGAAACCCAAGGCACCAGCUCGCGCAACCCCCACCACCGGAACCGCCCGCAAGCGACAGCGCGUCGAAAUCAAGCGCUCGUCCUCGGACGAAGAGGCCCUAGACACAGAGGACCACUCCGAAAAGGACGACACCCCGUCCAAGAGACCGUCCAAGCACCCGCAGAUUCCCAACAGGGACUGCACCCCUUCCCGCCGGGCUGCAUCCAAAGCCAGCGCCACCAUCGCCAGGCUCUCCGCCCGAUUGGAAAGAGAAAACACAUCUGACGGGGAUGGCGCCGAGGAGAAUGAUCGGCCCUACCACUCCAUCUUUGGGGACAGCGACGUGAAACCCGUCGUAUGCAACGGGCGCAUCCAAUCCGACGGCCCCGCAGCAUAUGGGCACGGGCACGCCCCCGGCGUUGCUGCGCUUGCAAACACGUCUCCCGAUCCGUUCAUGUUUGCUGCGUACGCCGACAGCUUCUACCGCCCGGGUGAGACGGGGGACUACGGCGAUGGAGAAAUCUGA